AUGGAGGAGUCGGAGGUGGUCGAAUUAUCUGUGGAAGACAAGCCGAAGAGGAGUUCCUUCUGUAACCAGCUGGCCGCCAAGGCCCUGUUGGACCAGAAGAAGCAGGACCGGAGGGUGCAGGACUUCCUGCAGCGCUGCCUGGAGUCUCCCUUCAGCAGGAAGCUGGACCUGUGGAGCUUCCUGGAUAUACCCAGGAGCCAGCUGGUCAAAUACCCCCUACUGCUGAGAGAGAUACUGAGGCAUACCCCGCCAGACCACCCUGAUGUACCCUGUCUGGAGAAAGCGAUGACCAUCAUCCAGGGUGUGUUGUCUGACAUCAACGUGAGGAAGGGAGAGUCGGAGUGUCAGUACUACAUUAAUAAGCUGGAGUAUCUAGAUGACAGGCAGAGAGACCCACUCAUCGACAACUGCAAGACCUUGCACUGUCACGGAGAGCUACGCAACAAGAGUGGCUCGAAGCUUCAUGUGUUCCUGUUCUCUGAGCUGCUGGUGCUGACGCGGCCGGUGACGCGUAACGAGCGGAGCUGCUACCAGGUGUACCGUCAGCCCCUCCCCAUCAGAGACCUGGUUCUAGAGGACCUACAGGAUGGAGACAUAUGCAUGGGAGGGUCCUUCAGAGGGGCCUUCAGCCAGGGGGAGAAAGCUAAGAAUGUGUUCCGCGUGACCUCCCUGGACCCGACCCACGGCCAGUCUGACACCCUGCAGGUCAACAACGUUUUCCACAAGCAGCAGUGGCUCAACUGUCUCUGGAGCGCCGUUGACGCCCAACCCCAAAAGCAGAGGGCGCCACUCAGAGAUCAGCACAGUGAGGCUACGACCAGGGCCAAGCGUCGUUCUUCUGUGGUGUCCAUGUCCGAUAUGGUCCAGGUCGAGGAGGGGGCAGAUGAGAACGACUGUUCCCAGGUCGGUGAUCCAAUCCUAGGGUGUAAAGGCACAGAGGCACUCCCCCGGUCUGAUUCUUCAAGUAAAAUGAAAAGAGAGUGGAGCCGUGGUCAGCUUCGCAGGAGUAAAGAGACCGGCGUUUAG